AUGGCCUCAAAACCCGACGAUGAUGGCUUUCUGGCACCAGAUGUUUCCCGGUCAGACGCGCAGAGGCCACUGAGUAUUGUCUCUUCCCGAAUGACGGAUAUCGCGAGCGAAGAUGGUGAUAGAUCGGAUGUGCAAAAUAAUAGAUUGAGCAUUCCACAAAGUACGGAUAUGGGCUCGCGACCUGAUACUGCACGAACUGGAGCUUCUUCUUCGAGAGGCCCGUGGCAGAGCCAGUCGUUGCGGAAUAAGACAUAUCUUGCUGGUGUUCAGGCCAAGAGAGGGAGUGUUGAGAGUUCGACGGCCGGUUCGACCAGUCAGCCACCGAGUUUGUCAAGCAGAAGCCAUGUGCCCUCAUUACAAUCGCAUGCCUUCUUCCGCCCUAUGAGUUCGCAAAAAUUACAAGCGCAAAGAGGAGGAUCACAUCGACCAUCGACAAUGAGCCAGAUGUCUGCUGCAUCACCUUCAUCCCCGACAUCUCCAACAUCUCCGACGUCACCUAGGUCCGAAGAGCAUGGCGAGGCCAGUAGUAGUCAAAUGCGGCAGAGUAUCAUAUCGAACCCGAUUGCGCAGUUGCAACGACAAAUGAGCAACGAGGAGAACAUGCGACCGCCGCCAUCCCGGGGUACCGAAAUGACCGAGCAAGAAACUUUGGACAGAAUAACGGCGAAUACAAGCCCAAGCCAUGGCCAUUAUCCAGCGGGAAGUUUAACAGACAGUGUUCGCCCCCUUCAAGGCAUGUCUUCGGAUGCCGGCCACUUUCAACACAGCAUCAUUGUGGACAAAAGUUAUAAAGACCUUUCCAACCUACCAAGCCCCAUAAAGACUCCAAGGUCAUUCCGCUCAAGUUUCCUUAUGCCUGGCCGAAGCAACGACGGGCAGCUAAGUCAGAACCGGAGCACUGAAGGAGCCGAGAAACUAUCUUCGGCUGCUUCAUCGCCCCAGUUCAGGCCUGUUGACUCUCAUAAUGAGCAGCAGCACCCGCGUGUUCCGUACAAGCCAAGCCAGAAGUCCGAUCUUGGUCGUGUCCAUCAGUAUUUCGAUGGUAAUACAGUAUUCUGCUUAGGUGGUCGCUGGCAAAACACACGAGGAAGGCCUAUCAACAUUGCGACAGGCAUCUUCGUUGUUGUGCCUUGUGCUCUAUUCUUUGGCUUUGAGGCGCCAUGGUUAUGGAACAAUGUGUCACCUGCGAUACCCAUCGUGUUUGCAUACCUUGCCUACAUCUGUUUCUCAUCUUUCAUUCAUGCCUCAGUAACCGACCCUGGUAUUCUACCCCGAAACCUACAUCAAUUUCCACCUGUAGAUGACGAUGACGACCCCCUCCAACUAAGUCCCCCUACCACAGAUUGGGCGCUGAUAAAAUCCGCCGAAUCAACCACUGCCGCUAUGGAAGUUCCAGUUAAGCACUGUAGGACGUGCAACAUCUGGCGGCCACCGCGUGCUCAUCAUUGUCGCCUAUGCGACAACUGCAUAGAGACCCACGAUCAUCACUGCGUGUGGCUCAAUAACUGUGUCGGAAAACGCAACUACCGAUAUUUCUUUACCUUUGUUACAUCUGCGACUAUUCUCGCAGCAUAUUUAAUUGCCACCUCUCUUACACAGAUUCUCCUCUACAGAAACCGGCAAGGCAUUUCCUUUGGCCAAGCCGUCGAUCAUUUCAGAGUUCCUUUCGCCCUCGUCUUCCUUGGUUUCAUCACCUUUCUCUAUCCCGCUGCAUUGAUGGGUUAUCAUAUCUUCCUCAUGGCACGAGGCGAAACAACAAGAGAGUACAUGAACUCGCACAAGUUUGCCAAGAAGGAGCGCUUCCGGGCAUUUUCUCAAGCCAGCGUUUUCAAGAACUUUAUUGUUGUUCUUUGCCGUCCACGACAACCCACGUAUUACCAAUUCAAGGCCCACUACCACGAAGGGGACCAGCGCUUGGGUGUCCGAAGGGACAAGCGGCCAAGAUCAAGUUCCCAGGGAUUGGAAAUGCACGAUGUCAACCCUGGGUCAUCUGGCUUCCAAGGUCCCGUCUCGUUGAGAAAUGAUACUCCCCAUUAA